AUGACGGACGACAUUAACGCUCUAAAACGAAUGCGUGCGACUGUAAAAGCGUCAUGCACGCGAAUAAAAAACUAUGUUGAUACAAUUACCGAGGUAACGACGGCUGUAUCGGCCGCUUUGGAGGUUAGGCAAGUCAAACUCGAUCAGUAUUGGACAGAGUAUAACAAAAUUCAAACGCAAAUAGAGUCCCUCGUGGAAGAUCAAGAUCGUGAAUCAUUCGAGUGUGCAUUUUAUGAUUUAGCUGCAAAAAUAAAGGUAUUGGCGGGCGGCGCCGACAACGGUGGUCAUAGAAAUGUUGCGAAUGCAACCCCCACGGCUAAUGUAGCUAUGAAGAGUGGCAAUGCUGCAGAGGUUAUAAGUUCAAUAGAAUUGUCCAACCAAAACUACGACAUAGCGUGGGAUCUCCUCAAGGAACGCUACAAUAACGUUAAAGUCUUAGUUCAAGCGCACAUCCAGGCUAUUUUUGAAUUGCCCACAAUGGUGAAAGAGAACGCGAACGAUCUGCGUCAAAUAGCAGAUGGAACAGCGCGCCAAUGGCGAACGUCGCUCAAGGAAAGGGAAAUACCCACACUGAAACAAUUUAUGGCCUUCUUGCAUCACAGAUGUGAAGUGCUUGAAGCGCCUGUCAAGCCAGUUGGAGGCACGUCGACUCAGGGUCGCAUAAAUAUUAAAAGGCAGGGCACGCAUGCUGCCACAGUUAAGUCGCAGUGUAAUUAUUGCAAGGAAGAUCACUUAAUCUAUUACUGUGCGGAUUUUCUCAAAUUAACAAUUCCUGAGCGCAUAUCCAAGGCACAGCCGUCUCAGGUCGAGGCUAUCACUAAUUCUGUUACUACUUGCACGUCAACUUCGUGUAGCAGGAUCACGUUAUUAUCCACCGCAGUAGUGGACGUCUUGGAUCGAUACGGAUGCGGGCAGAGAUGCAGAACGUUACUAGAUAACGGAUCCCAAGCAAAUCUUAUAUCAAGCUCCUUUGUAAAAAGAUUACAACUUCCCACUCAGACAACAGACAUAGUCGUAUCGGGAAUUAAUGGUACAAUUAGCAAGUCGAGUCAUAUCGUACAAUUGACGUUUCAAUCGCGUGCCACCAAUUAUCGCACAAAUAUCAAAUGUAUUGUCACAGAUAAAAUAACAGAAAGGCUCCCAUCUCGAUCAAUAGACAAAUCCAAACUACAAGUACCCAGCCACAUAAGGUUAGCUGAUCCUAACUUUCAUGUUUCAGAUGAUGUUGAUUUGUUACUAGGAGUCGAAGUAUUCUGGGAAUUAGUCUGCCCGAAUCAAAUUAAGAUAUCACCCGGCCACCCAAUACUUCAACAAACUAAAUCGGGUGGAUCCUGGCAGGUGGAUUCACCACUAACAGUAAAAACUCCCAUCCAGUUCUGGCGCAUUGAGGAACCUCCGCAUCUAUCCGAUCCUUUUACCAUAGAGGAAAUGGAAUGCGAACAUCAUUUUACUCAGAACGUAACGCGCAAUCCUGAAGGACGAAUAGUCGUGAAGCUACCUAUCAAGGACAAUAAAGUAAAUUCGAUAAGCGAUACUAGAGCCAUUGCUUUACGUCGUUUCUACAAAAUAGAAAGGAAGCUUGAUUUUCGGCCAAUAUUGAAGCGUGAUUACGCCCCAUUUAUGCACGAGUACGUGCAAUUAGGUCACAUGACACCCAUCGAAACCGAGGAACCCGCGAACACUGAAUUGCCGGUUUUCUAUUUACCGCACCAUUGCGUGAUUAAGCCUGACAGCAGUAGUAGCACCAAAUUGAGGGUCGUGUUCGAUGGUUCAUGCAAAGGUCCCACAGGAAUCUCACUCAACAAUGCCCUGAGAGUCGGGCCUGUAAUCCAACAGGAUCUUAUCUCUAUUCUGUUGCGCUUCCGCACUCUUCCGUUUGUUAUCACAGCGGACAUAAUAAAAAUGUACCGCCAGGUGCUCAUCGCAUCUCAAACGCAAUUGCAGCGAAUAUUCUGGCGUGAUAACUCUUCUGAUCCACUUCAGAUUUUCGAAUUAAAAACCGUGACGUACGGAACCUCUUCCGCAUCGUAUCUGGCCACGAGGGCACUCAAAUAUCUAGCUGAUUUGUACAAAAAUGAUUAUCCGUUAGCUUCCCAAUGCAUGUUACGCGAUUUUUACGUCGAUGACGUGCUAACGGGUGGCACGUCAAUUGACGAAUGCAUAAGAUUAAGGGACGAGCUCAUUCAACUUCUUGGGAAAGGAGGGAUUCCACCUCGCAAAGUGGGCCUCCAAUAA